GGAAAGUAAAAUUGUGUUUUUUUAAGCGGAUUUUUAUUAGAGAAUGUCGCAAUUUUGUUGAGAAUCCAAGCGUAGCCAAACUACUGUGACUUGUUCGUAUGGCACAAACUAUGACUUAUUCGAAGUUUCUCAAAGAUGAAGUUUAACGAACAGUUUUUGACGUAAAAAGUGAAAUCUUUAAGAGAAGAUUAGAAAUGAUCGGAAACAAAAGAACUUCGAUGAUGAAAACAGUGUUCAAAGAUUUUCUCCAAAUUUUUUGUUAAAAUUCUCCCUCUUUUGAAUUGGCACGAUUUAAAUGUGAUUUAAGAAAGACGUCGACCUUUGGAACCCCAAACGAUAAAUUGAGAGCGGCUGUUUGCUCUCUUGGUGAUAGGGAAAACAUUGAAAAUUACGAUAAGUACCAACGAAAACGAAUGCGUACACGAUGAGUUGGCUACGUCCCAGUCCGUUGCGACAGAGUUUUACACGAACCAGUCGUAGCCGAUCCAUCGACGCAACGAAUACGGAAUGUGAUCCAAAGGCAUGCUAUGACAGUUUCUGCAAACAUUGGCAACAAAUUCAUGAAAUCAUUCUGCGGGCAGAAACUUCAAGCGGAACGAGCCAUGACGAUGUUCUUGGUGUGGUCAGUCAUUUAGAUCAUAUGGUAACACUUUUGCUAUUGGAAUUGCACAAUUGUAAUAAGUAUCCGCCGCCAGCGUCACAAGCAGCACCACCAUCACCUUGCCUAGAAUAUUUGCUUAGCGAAAAUCUACUCGACAAACUCUAUGAAUGGAGCAAAACAACUGAAAGAUAUUCUGAUGCCGUUCGAUUGGAGCAAUUGAAAUUGUAUGAACAGUUAGUCACGCAUUCUCGUCAUCAGCUUUUGUUAGUGCACGAAUCAUUUUUACGACCAUUGCUUAAGGUACUAACCUCCAGUUUGGGCGUUAAAUAUCCAACCGAUGUUGAAAAGAGACUUGUUAUUUUGCUGAAUCAAUUAUGCGUCGUCUUAAUGCAAAAUGUUAAUUUACUCGAUUUAUUCUUUUGCUCAACGUCGCAACAUCAACAAGGAAGCGAUGAAACUAAUUUCAUCAUAUUUUCACUGUUGUUGCCGUACGUUCACAGUGAAGGAUCGCUUGGCCAUCAAGCUCGCGAUGCACUAUUGUUGUGCAUGUCAUUGUCGCAAAAAAACUCAAAUGUUGGCACUUAUAUUGCGAAAUACUCAUCAAUGUGUCCUGUACUCGUCACCGGCUUAGGUGGCCUAUACUCUUCACUACCAAAUAGCUUUGAUAUCGGUCACAGUGAUUGGUAUCGAAUAACACCGGACGAUGUGGCCGAUAUACCAAAACUCACAUUGUUUAUGAAUUGCCUUGAAUUUUGUAAUGCCGUCGUUCAAGUUGCUCAUGAUCUUAUUAAACAACAAUUGCUCGAUUUUAUGUAUCAAGGAUUCAUUGUACCAGUUCUUGGACCGGCUCUGUUACAGAUUUUCAAAGGAGCCAACCAAUUCCAGACAAACAAUGCAUCACAAAUAACGGCAAUGGCCUAUCUCGAUUUGAUAUUGCGCUCUGUCACCGAACCGGCUUUGUUGAAGAUUUUCGUGCAAUUUUUGCUGGACGAAACGAAAUUCGAUGGCGAACGAAUUUUGGAUGUUUUAGUGGAGCGAUUGCUGUCGAAUGAUAAUCGAUUGUGCAUUGUGACGUUAUCUCUAUUCGAUACCCUGUUGAGUUUAUACUGUGAGGAUAUAAUGCUUGAAUUGCUGUUGAAGUAUUUAUUACCCGGUCGUCAUAUACCAAUAUUGCAUCGGCAUAAAAUCAAUAAAAUCGAUCCAUAUUCGACGGCUGUUGAGUUCUUCUUCGAUUUGUCGCCGGAAAUAAUGCACCAACCAAAUGAGUCUGUGGCACAUCAACAAAUACAACCAAUUAGCAAAACAAUCGGAGCCAAUUGGAAUCAUUAUGGUUUGCAUUCGGGUGAUUCAUUGUAUUCAAAUUAUCAUGCAUAUUUAUGUGAUGCCAGACAACGAAUUAAUCAUUGUAAAGCGGCUUGUAAUAAUUGGUCGAAUUCAUAUCGAUACCAAAAACAUCCGGCGAAUAAGAAAAACGAACGCUCAUUGGAAAUUAUUAAGAGUUUAUUGAGCGAACUCGGAUAUGAGUCGAAUGGCAGCAACAUCGAUGCGAACAUUGAUAAGGGCACAAAGCAAUUGGAUAGCUUGCAGUCACUUGGCGAAAGCAGCGGUUAUGAAAGUUUGAGGUAUCGAUUUGAAGAGGAUGAAUCCACGUCAACGACCAAUGGAAUGAGUACAAUUUCAUCAUCGCCGCCGGUUGAAGUGAACAAUUUUGAAAAUAUCGACGCAGAUGGAUGCAUUAAACGAAAGUAUGAAACGUGGAAAUUGUCGAGUAGACGACCAGAACCUGUGAUUGACUUAGAUUUUACUGAAGAUCUUUUUACACAAGGGACCGUAUCAUUGGGUCCCUUCUUAAGUGCUCUUCUUCGAAAAUUGCAAACAUUUACCAGUAAUGGAAUUUAUGUGAAUUUCCAUUUAACCGGAUUGAUAUCACGCUUGGCAUGGUAUCCAUUGCCAUUGGUACAUUCGAUAUUAUUGCGACCUGAUAUUCCAGUGACAUCAGAUACACCGUCAUUGCAUCAAGUAUUGAAAAUUCUCAAGCAACAAAUCGACGCCGAACUGCCGGUGUGCGAAGAAUCACUGGAGCACAUUGAUGCCGGCCGAACAAAUUUAAUCGAACGUGAAUUUCGACUAGUGAAUGCACGAAAUAAUGCGUUUGAAAUAACCAAAACACCCGGACCAAAUGGUGUUAAAUAUCCACAAGCGAUAAAUACAUCAUCGAUAACACCACCACAACUCACGCCCAGUUCCUCAUACGAUCCAUUUAAACGGACCGAAAAUAGACGGAAAAGUAUCAAAACGUCGUUCAAAGAGAUGUUCCGACGACCAUCAAGUGGACACAGCAACAGCAGCAAUAGCAGCGGAGGUUUGUCGCAAAUUCUAGAAUUCUUCACCGGUUCAUCAAAUGCGACUGUUCGUGAAUUGUCACCGUCGUCACCGGCUCAUGCAUCCUAUGAUUCUCUGUCCAAUGAUAGUUCAACGUAUUCAUCAAUCGAUGCGAUAUCAUGUUCAUCAUCGACCGGUGCUGUUACCACCACCAACAAUAAGCGAAUGCGUGAUCUAGCCCUGUGUGCUGUUCUACUCGACGAAUGGCUCAAAGAAUUGGCUGCAAUUUCACAAGAGCAAAGCAUUGUUCUCCUAACCGAUACUUUUAUCAAUCAUUUUUGAUCGUGAAACAAACGUCCAACGCAUAUAUUUUCAACGCACAAACAGAAUCUAUGUAGAUUUUUAUGUAAUAUACAAAUAACUACGUUAAUUGCAUGGCAUUUGAUCUAUCCAUCGAUAGAUGGCGUGCAUGUCACAAUGGUGGGAAAACUCAUGAAUGAAAGAACGAGACAAACACAUCUAUAGUUCAAUUUUAGUAUUACGGUGAACCAGCCAGAGAGUACCAUUUGGCGCCGUUGAUAUCAUUAGUGCUCAAAAUAUUUGAAAAAUCUCUAAGCAAUUUUUACUGUGUUUUUUGUGUGCAUUAACACUCAACACCAACAAAUGUACAUAUGAGAUAUUUUAUAUGGAUAAUUAGUAAUUAAUUGAACAGAGUGUCAAUGUAUGGUUUUUUUUUGCUCUUUAUUUAGUCGGUUAAGCAAUUUUUUUCUGUUUCUUCUUUUUAACCAGUUUUUUUUUUAAAUAAUAUAUAUUCACGCCCUCCCAGUUUUUUUAUGAUUCUCUUUUUUUCCUGUUCAGAGUUUUAUAGAGAUAAUAAAAUUUAGUUUGUAAGAGAAAAGACGUGCAAAAAAGAUUAGCAAAGACGAGAAUGUAUUUUGCUUUGGAGAAAAUUAAAGAUGAAAAUCCUAAAAAUCUUGUUACUAUGACAUAUGUACAAAUGAUCAUUAAAAUUAAUAAAAAA